UGACCGCAGUGAAUACGCUGCACGGUCUUUGCGCUUCUGUGCCUUUAAGAGCGGAACCACGUGCUGCGGAAGAAGUGACAACAAUAACACGCGGGGCUUCAGAAUGGAGAGGAACACUCUCUCGUGCUUCAUAUCAGACCAUGAAGGUUUCCAUGGGACCAUAAAAAACUCACCCCAAGACUUUGUGGUUAUUGAGAUAGACAUCAAUGGACAACUUGUUAACAGUCCUAAUGUUCAAGAAGGACAUACGAAAAGACCUUCUCAACCAAGUCAAGCUAUUAAAAGGGAUGAUAAAUUAAAACAAUCUAAACCAGAUGACACUGAGGUUUUAAAUCAGGAUUGCUUUGAUCUGAAUGUAAUCCUGGGUCCAGUUGUGAACAAAGAGUUGGAGCAUUUCACUAACAAAGUAAGAGUAAGAGCUGGUGAGCAAGAAAAGGUGGAACUGUCACUGGGUACUUAUCCUGAUAAACACCAGAGAGCAGUUGUCCACAGAGCAGUACGAUACAACUUCCCCUUCCUCCAGACUGUGACCAACCAAUCAGAGAUCCGGGUCAGAGAGGACCCAGACUUCAAGGAGCUUGCUAGUUUAGCCUCUGAAGGAGAAGCUGAGGAGUUCUUCCGGUUCAUCGAUGCCAAAGUACCUGGUUCUGCGUUCACCUUCCUGCCCGAUGAUAGCAAGGAGCACCGAACUUCAGUUCACCAUUUUGUUAGCAGGCGGUUUGGGAAGCUUGUGGAAACCAAGAGCUUCACCGACCAGCAGAAGACUUUCAUUACAGUGAGACUAAGAGAGCGAAACAAACAACCCAAGAAGAGAACAAUAGCAGAAUGUCAAGAGGAGGUGACACUAUACACAACUUUCACACUGAGGAAAGAGAACUUGGAGACUUUGGAGGCCAUCAGCUAUAUGGCUGCAGUACUUGGAGUGCUUCCGUCUGACUUUACCUAUGCAGGAAUUAAAGACAAGCGAGCCAUCACCUACCAGGCCAUGGUGGUGAAAAAGAUCUCUCCAGAGCGGUUGCUGGACAAAGUCUCAGAGUUUGAGAGGAAGGGAAUGCAGAUCUCUCAUGUCCGUCCUGUUUCUGAGCCCCUUAAGCUCGGCAGACUCCAGGGAAAUCACUUUGAUCUUGUCAUCAGAGACCUGAAGCCUCAUGGGAAAACUCAACUUGCAGAGCUGCAACAUCUUGUAAAAGAGGCAGUGGAAAAUGUGAAGAACAGAGGCUUUGUAAAUUAUUACGGUCCCCAACGGUUUGGAAGUGGAUCAUGUGUCCAAGCAGACCAAGUAGGGCUUGCUCUCUUAAAGGAGAAAAUGGAGGCUUCUGUUAAGCUGUUCUUCACUCCAGAGGAUGGUAAUGAUCUCCAGAACAAGGCAAAACGUCAUUUUCUUCUCACUGGGAAUGCCAAGGAGAGCUUGGCCCUCAUGCCAGCUUACAAAGCCAGAGAGCGCCUUAUGCUCCGUGCACUUCACCGGUACGGCAGCGGACAGGAGGGUUGCAUCCGUGGCUGGCUCAGUUUACCCCACAGUAUGAGGGUCUUCUACCUCCACUCUUACUGUAGCAGAGUGUGGAAUGAAGCGGCCAAAUACCGGCUCCAGACACUGGGCUUUAAGCCUGUCCAGGGAGAUCUGGUUUGGGCUGGAUCUGAAAAGGGACUCAAAGACACCACAGAGGAACUGAACACUCCACAGGUCCAUGUCGUGACCUCUGUGCAGGAAAAGGAUGACGUUUUUUCAUUAGACCAGAUAAUUCUUCCGAUGCCAGGAAAUAGUGUCAAGUACCCAGAAAACUUGCUGGGACAGUGGUAUCAAGACCGAUUGGCUCAGGAUGGCUUGGGGUCAUCCCGUUUCAGAGUGACUUCCCUUAAACUCAACGUCCCGGGAUGUUAUCGUCCGCUGCUUGCAAAGCCACAGAACAUCACGUACAGCCUGCAGACCUCAGAGAAGCCGCAGGGUCAGUCAGACCAGACUUGUGUGCCUAGUCUAUCAGUAACCUUUGACCUGGAUGCAUCCUGCUAUGCUACUGUGUGUCUCGGCGAGAUUAUGAAGAGUAAUCUCUCCUAGUUUAUUUAAUGACAGUGAUUAAAAAUGCUUACAGACAAUAAUGUGGAUCUUUCGUAACGUCAGAUAUGAGGGGCUGUUUUGUGCCAUGUUAUGUAAGAGAUUACCAGGAGUCAUCAAGCAUUUGUGCCUUCACUCAUGGGAAAAGAAGAGGAUCUUCUGUGCCAGUGUCAUUGAUGAGGAACUCUGGAUGGGUCUUGAAAUUGUACAUGCAAAGAUUUAAUAAAAAAUCUUCUUGACAAGUCUGAUUGUUUGGUUACGUGUUUC